AUGUCAGAUCAUGACAUUGACAGCCCUGUGAGCGACCCCGCCGCCCAUUGGGACAUGAAUGCGGUUCAUAAUGCCGAAACCGUGGAAUUACACCUGUUGGACUCCGGGUUUCUACCUGGACGCGAGCCUGUAGGUACACUUCUUAGGUCAUUGUAUGAUAGGGAACAUUGUGGAAGUUGCAAUGAAUUGAUGGAUCCCGACGUGCAAGAAUGGAAAAGGGUGCACAUAUAUGAAAGCGCAGACUAUAGAAGAGACUUCUGGAACAGGACCUGCAGAUACGAGAGAGGAGAGUAUUUGGUAGAUGGAGAUCUUGCCUGUCAGCCAGAAGAUGUUCCGUGGUUUGUAGCACAACAAAUUCAUCCACAGCUCCAAUAUCCAAAUGUCGAAUUUCAAACCGACACUUCCAUGAAUCGGUACCUUUUAAACGCCCAGUCUCAACCCCAACCAGGCGAGGCCAACGCUACUCCGAACUUCCUUGAGUAUGCCGAAGAACAACAAUACCAACAGCCCGCACCCGGUGCUAAUUGGAUUAACUCUCCUUCACCAUUGGCAGGAACAAUAGCCUAUACUGGCCAACCAGAUCAGCUGUACAAUCCCCAGGGAUGGUUUGACAUGUGUACCAGCAUUCCUUCCCACACUGGUGAUUCCUCUACCAUACCUGCCCCAUACAACACUUUUCACCAGCCCGAUACACAAGAAUGGAGUCCAUCAUACCCCUUAGCAACAAGCAGCCAAUAUCAGCAUGAAGAUACUAGCAACAAUAGGCGUGGCAGUGCUAGUAGUCAGCAUAGUCGCAGAACUGAUCAUCGAACCGGUCAAUAG